GGUAUCAGACGGUACCAAGUAAAACUAGUCACUUAGUUUGACUAUAAAAGCAGCGCAGUCUCCGUCAAUAAAUCACAGAAAGAAACAAACUUCAAAAUGAACAAGGUGUUGAUCAGUUUAGCUCUUCUCUUCUCAGUGGCUGCGGCUGCACCACAAUUCCUCGGCGGUGGAUUCAAUAACGGAUUCAACGGAGGAUUCGGACCCGGUGUCGUAGGAUUGCGUCCCGUUGGCGGUUUCGGUGGUUUGGGAGGUUUCGGUGGUUUCGGUAAAUACGGCGGUGGCGGAACUGGCGCCGGAGCUGGAACAGGAUCUGCUAAUCUUUUUGGAGCAAACGCAGCAGGCGUCGGAGUUUCUAGUGCCUUUAACGGUGGAUUCGGCUCUGGAAGUGGAAGCGGUCUGGCUGGAUCAAGCUUGUUCGGCGGAAAUUUCGCAUCUGGCACCGGCAACGGACAAAGUUUCGGCAAAUAAGUUCAUUUCAACCAUUUUCAUCGUGACUGAAUAUUUGUAAAGACUGUACGCAUGUUGUACAAAAUGUGGCACUUUAAAAUAAAUUAAUCAAACUCA